GGCGCUGAAAGAACACAUAUUUGUUUAAUGACGUUUAUUGCACACGUAGCGUUUCCAUUAAUAACAGCGGCAAACAGACAGCUGUUAGGUUACUCAAAAAUUAUAUACAAUUUCUGUUAAUCAAACGAUUUUAAAUUAUUAUGCUAAAACACUGUCAUGGUAUGUGACAUAAAUGUAUUGUUAUUAGUAUUCCCUCUAGGGAACAGUGAUAUUGAAAACUUCUUACCGACAUACGUUUACUCUAGUGUUUCGUUUUGACUUAUACGGCACAACUUAGUAAGUUAUCUUAAUAUCCAAAAAGCAAAACUUUAAAAAAUAAAACGCAUCGGAAUAAUGUUUACAGAAGUUUAGGCCUACGUAAAAGAAUAGUGGAAUCUAAACGAAACCGUUGUUCUAAACGAACCGUUCAAAAGAACCGAUUCACGGAAAUGAGUUGGACCACCCAACCGCUCAGGUGUGCCCGUGGCUCUCUCACAUUCUCCACCUGCUGCUGCAUCCGGGAGCAUAUCGCGAUUACAGAUCCAGCUACUGUAAUCUUGCCCAAGAGGGAGCAUGAGUCCUCAAGAAUUAUUCCAUGAAGACGCACAGAUUUGAGUGACACUGGUUUGUGUAGGGCUCCCAGAGUAAUGCUCAACCUUGGUGGAAGGUGCAGCUCUUCGUCUGGGAGCCUGUGCUUUUCGGCACUUGGGAUGGAGUCUUCACUACCUGCAUGAUCAACAUUUUUGGGGUGGUGCUCUUUUUACGGACUGGUUGGCUUGUGGGUAACACAGGUGUGUUGCUGGGCAUGCUUUUGGUGUCCAUGGUGGUAUUGGUCGCUGUGAUUACGGUGAUGUCAGGUAUUGGUGUGUGUGAGUGUUGCAGCGUGGGUAACGGUGGGGUCUACUCCAUGAUCUCCACUGUGCUCGGAGGGAGGGUUGGAGGAACUGUGGGGCUCUUGUAUGUGUUUGGACAGUGUGUGGCUGGAGCGAUGUACAUCACUGGUUUCGCAGAGUCCAUUGCGCAGGUGCUGAGCUUACAGAGCAUGUGGGCAGUGAGGGGCAUCUCUGUGGCCGUUCUGCUUGGCCUGCUUGGGAUUAACCUGGCCGGGGUGAAAUGGAUUAUACGCCUUCAGUUGGUUCUGCUGGGGAUAUUAGCGAUGUCCACUCUGGAUUUUGUCAUCGGGACAUUUAGUCAUCUAGAUCCAGAGCAUGGAUUCAUUGGCUAUUCGGAGGAACUGCUGCGUAAGAACACCCUGCCAGACUACACAGCUGGCGAGACUUUCUUCACCGUGUUUGGGGUUUUCUUUCCUGCGGCGACAGGUGUGAUGGCGGGAUUCAACAUGAGCUCAGAUCUCCAGAGGCCCGAACACAACAUCCCCGUGGGAACUCUCGCCGCAGUCUGCACCUCGUGGUUCCUGUAUCUCGUCUUUGUGUUCUUACUGGGAGCCAUUUGCACCAGAGAGGCGCUGCGCUAUGAUUUCUUGAUAGCGGAAAAGGUCUCCUUGGUUGGUUUCCUGUUUUUGCUGGGCCUCUACAUCUCCUCACUCGCCUCCUGCAUGGGCGGCCUGUACGGUGCACCCAGGAUCCUCCAGUGUAUCGCUCAGGAGAGAGUCAUCCCAGCUCUCGGAUUUCUUGGAAAAGGGCGAGGGCCCAAUAAGACGCCUGUGGCUGCCAUCUGUCUGACCAGCUUGAUCUCCAUGGCCUUCAUCUUCAUUGGCCAGGUCAAUGUACUGGCUCCCAUUGUCACCAUCAACUUCAUGCUAACCUACAGCAUAAUUGAUUAUUGCUAUUUCUGUGUGGUGAAAUCCUAUGAGCUGCAGGUCCAGCAAAGGAAGACGCUGAUCAGGAGGUCGAGCUCCAGAAGAUCACUCGUGUCCAGCACUCACCCCCAUUAUGGCAGCAGUGGAGCCAUCAGUGACCCUGUGAACGGCACAUUGCUGGAGUUCACCAAAGACAUGGACCAAAUAUUUCCAUUGCCCAGCACAGACACCGCUGAAGAACAGAGAGCGUCUAUUCCUGCUUCCAAGGCCCGGGGCAGGAAGUCAAAGAUUCCAGCUAAAGAAAUGCUGAUGAACAGUUUUGGGUUGGACUUGAACAGCAAUGGGCCAUUAGAUAAAGGAAAAGAUGAAAGGGAGGCGGAACAAGCUGUUGGAUUAGAUGAUGAUGCCACUAGCCAGAUAGGACUUAUGGAGUCUGACCUUACAGCAGGAGCCAAGAGGAAAGAGUCUUUGCCUAAUUCUGGCCCAGUUGAACUUGAACAGCUCCCAAGAGAGCAGAUAGACAGAAAUGGUUCAGAAACAAUUCUUGAAGGAUCAGAAAUCAGAUCAAUGCAAGGUUCGGUCUAUGCCAGAUUUUGCAAUCACUGGGUUGCGUUAAUUGGUGCAUUGUGCUCUUUUAUGAUAAUGUUUGUCAUCCAGUGGAUGUACGCCUUGAUUAACAUUAUAUUCGCCCUUAUCCUCUUUCUCUACAUUGGAACAGCAAGCCCAGGUUUACCAACAGGUGCAGCAGCUCGCUUCAGUUUCUUCAGGUGGCUCAAGACCUCACUAAAUAAUUGGGGAAGGCGAGAUGGGGCCCUUCAGGACCAGAUUGUGGUGACACCCUCUUUGUCAGCUGUUGGCAUGGAGACCAGGCAACUGACAGAGGAAAAUGCAGACUUUGCCCUCCGUGAUCGUUACCAUCACUCCUCCUUUAUCACCACCACAGACAAGAUGGUACAUUCUCAGUCCAACUGAGCAUGUAACAACUGUGCCCUGCUAACCAGCUGGACUGAAACAGUGGACACAUGGGACUAAAUAAUCUUGACUGAACUGAGCAGCACUUGAAAUUCAUAUUUUUAUUUACUGCAUUUGUCAGGUAGUACUUGGAAAAUCUGAAGGAAGCUAAUAAUGUUUGUCUGGAAAUUGGGAAUGUGCAAUCAAAGUGUAAGGUUUAAUAUGCACCAUGAGCAUUUAAAUUUCAGAUUAUAUUACUAAAGUAAGUUUUGUCUUUUUA